AUGGCGGACGCCCCAGUCCUCGUAACGAAUGGCGCAGGUGGUAGUCCUGCGGUCGGCCGGCUACUCGAGGGCAAGAGCUUCUUCCUGGUCCAGCGACUCCCCGCUCGCUCACAUCUGAUCGCGGACAUCGAGAGCAAUGCAGGUCGCAUCGUGAAGCUCGAAACGAAUGCCGACUAUGUCAUCGCCGACCAUGCGCGCAAAGAUGCACCCGCCGGCAGUCUUUCCUACACAUUUGUCGAGCAAGCAAUCCGCAAAGGCGCACUUCCAGAUCCCUUGGAACACCCCGCAGGACCUCAAGUCGGAACAGCGCGGGAAGCAGGAUCAGUGAUACCAGGGAAGUCUUUCAGGACUCCUUUCUCGGCGGCGGAUGACAAGAUCUUAUGGCGAUGGGUGGAAACGGCAAAGGCGAACGGAGAAGCAAGCAAAGGAAACGACGUGUACAAACGAUUGGAAGCCGUCAACCCACGGCAUACAUGGCAGUCAUGGCGAGACCGAUACGUCAAGAAGCUCCUGGGAAAACCGCCUGCGGGCGUCAUGGUAGCUGCCAAUGCGCCGCCCAGUCCACCUACUGCGCCAGAUAACGAUCAGAUAUCCAAUGGCAGGUCGGCACGGGAAACGACGCCUCGACCCUCGCCAAAGCGUCGAAAGGUCACAGCCUCUCCGGAAAAGCAAGUCGCCGGGAGGUCUGGGCCUGUCUUCGAGCAAGCAGACUUCGACACAGCCACUUCGAGCCGUCCGUUGGAUACACAGGACAUUCUUGAUGCUCAGACGCAGUAUGCCGACCUGAACGUUGCGCUCCCACUUUCGGACGACGACGAUGAUCUUGACGACGACUCCUCUGAGGACUCUCAAAUCCCAGCAAAGCCAGCAACGAAACACAAAGUUAGACCAGGCAGGACCGUCGAGUCUCAAGCUCUGACCGGCGAUCCUGAGCAGAUCGCUGACAAACUCGACGAAUGGAUUGCAACGCAGGAGGUUCGUGGCUACAACAACGAGGCCAGUAUGCGUGCGAUGCUGUGCACAUCGAUGCGCCCUGACUUGGCAGAGCUGGUUCUGCUCGGCGAAAAAGGCGGCACAGGCUUACCGCAUGAUGUGUCGGGCAUUUGGAGUGAGCGUGAGGACCGGGCUGUGGAAGGAGGAGACGCUGCAGCAAUACGUCGACUCGAGGCGAAGCAUGGUUGGGACGAGUGUAAGGCGAGGCUGAAGUUUCUUGCGGACUGGCGAGAAGUGUAG